UACCCUGACGUCACCGCGGAAACACACAAGAAACAGAGGGCUUACGAUGGAGUGAGACAGAGAUUACGACAGAAAGGAAUCAAGACGCACCGUGUCGUCUUCCCAGCGAGACUGCUUCUCACCCACGAAGGAAAAACUGAACUGUAUAAUACUCCGGCAGAGGUGGAGCGCUACAUGGAAAGCGGUCGCAGGCAAGCUGGAGUACAGCGGGGUACACCCUGGACAAGUCGUCAGGUCAUCACAGGGCUGCCCCAUAGACACAGACAACCAUUCACACUCACCAUCAAUUUAGAGUCACCAGUUAACCUAACCUGCAUGUCUUUGGACUGUGGGGGAAAUCGGAGCACCUGGAGGAAACCCAUGCGGACACGGGGAGAACAUGCAAACUCCGCACAGAAAGGCCCUCGCCGGCCACAGGGCUCGAACCCGGACCUUCUUGCUGAGUCACCAGCCUGUGAAAACUGGAGCCAGAGUCUGUGCAGUAGAGACCUUCAAGCGAGAGCACACACAGUAGAUGGGUUCACCUCUCACCUGCCCAUAUCAGUGAUGGACACUGUACAGGAACACGCAUGCUGUUAGACAUCACAUGAGUUCAGUGUGAAAACAAGCAUAACUUCCUGAAUCUAAAGAGGAGGCAGACCAUACAGGAUGGCGGUGGUGAUGCAGCUCGUCUCCUUUCUCUCCCUCUUUGUCUCCAUUACAGUGUCUGAUGGGAUUUUUAAACUGGUUAACAGUUCUGUUCAACUGGAUGCACAGACAAAAGAUUAUGAGUUUGAUGACUUCACAUGGGUAUUUAACAAAAGAAAAAACAUUGUGAGAUACUAUAAAAAUUAUCCAAGUAAAGUAUACCAAGAGUAUAAAAACAGAGUGGAGGUGAAUGAGAAAACCCAAAGUCUGACACUGAAGAACUUGCAGAAGACUGAUAGUGGACUCUAUGAAGCAGAGGCAUCUGGUGAACAAGAACGAAUUGUGGCCGAGUACCGAUUAACUGUGUUGGAUCCAGUGGAGAAACCGGUCCUUAAUGUCUCUCCCCAGCAAAGCAAUGGCAUCUGUAAUGUGACUCUCAGCUGUGAAGCUCAGAAACUCUCAGUCACCGCUCACUGCUACAGUGACAGAUGUGAUAUGAAGGAAAAUGAAAAGGCUGUAGAUGGGUUCCAUUCCCUCUCACUGUAUGUCAGUAACAGCUUCAUUAUUUGUAAUCAUAGCAACCCAGUCAGCUGGAAAAAUACAACUAUGGAUAUGAAAUAUGUGAAACAAUUCUGUCCUUCUAAUGGUGUAAGCAUGCACACAUACUGCAUGGGGUAAAUUUAAAUGUAAGAAAAAUGUCAAUUCUUUCUUAAUUUUCUUUCAAUAAUCUAUA